UUUUCUUCUCCAGCCGAGGGGACGCGGCUGUGCUACGAAGACCGAGUGUGGACAGUAAUGACCUCGCGUUUCCGAUUGCCUGCUGGCAGAACCUACAAUGUACGAGCAUCAGAGUUGGCCCGAGACAGACAGCAUACGGAGGUGGUUUGCAACAUCCUUCUUCUGGAUAACACUGUACAAGCUUUCAAAGUUAAUAAACAUGAUCAGGGGCAAGUUCUGUUGGAUAUAGUCUUCAAGCAUCUUGAUUUGACUGAGCGUGACUAUUUUGGUUUACAUUUGGCUGACGAUUCCACAGACAACCCAAGGUGGCUGGAUCCAAACAAACCAAUAAGGAAGCAGCUGAAGAGAGGAUCUCCUUACAGUUUGAACUUCAGAGUCAAAUUUUUUGUAAGUGACCCCAACAAGUUACAAGAAGAAUACACAAGGUACCAGUAUUUUUUGCAAAUUAAACAAGACAUUCUUACUGGAAGAUUGCCCUGUCCUUAUAAUACUGCUGCCCUUUUGGCUUCAUUUGCUGUUCAGUCUGAACUUGGAGACUACAAUCAGUCAGAAAACUUGCCAGGCUACCUCUCAGAUUAUUCUUUCAUUCCUAAUCAACCUCAAGAUUUUGAAAAAGAAAUUGCAAAAUUACAUCAGCAACAUACAGGUUUAUCUCCUGCAGAAGCAGAAUUUAAUUACCUGAACACAGCACGUACCUUAGAACUCUAUGGAGUUGAAUUCCACUAUGCAAGGGAUCAAAGUAACAAUGAAAUUAUGAUUGGAGUGAUGUCAGGAGGAAUUCUGAUUUAUAAGAACAGGGUACGAAUGAAUACCUUUCCAUGGUUGAAGAUUAUAAAAAUUUCUUUCAAGUGCAAACAGUUUUUUAUUCAACUUAGAAAAGAAGUGCAUGAAUCUAGAGAAACAUUAUUGGGAUUUAAUAUGGUGAAUUACAGAGCAUGCAAAAAUUUAUGGAAAGCAUGUGUAGAACAUCACACAUUCUUCCGUUUGGACAGACCACUUCCACCUCAAAAGAAUUUUUUUGCACAUUAUUUUACAUUAGGUUCAAAAUUUCGGUACUGUGGGAGAACUGAAGUCCAGUCAGUUCAGUAUGGCAAAGAAAAAGCAAAUAAAGAGAGGGUAUUUGCAAGAUCCCCAAGUAAGCCCUUGGCACGGAAAUUAAUGGAUUGGGAAGUGGUAAGCAGAAAUUCAAUAUCUGAUGACAGGUUAGAAACACAAAGCCUUCCAUCACGAUCUCCACCUGGAACUCCUAAUCAUCGAAAUUCUGCAUUCACACAAGAGGGAACCCGGUUACGACCAUCUUCAGUUGGUCAUUUGGUAGACCAUGUGGUUCACACUUCCCCAAGUGAAGUAUUUGUGAAUCACAGAUCUCCAUCUUCAACACAAGCUAAUAGCAUCGUUCUGGAAUCAUCACCAUCACAGGAGACCCCUGGAGAUGGGCAGCCUCCAGCUUUACCACCCAAACAAUCAAAGAAAAACAGUUGGAACCAAAUUCAUUAUUCACAUUCUCAACAAGAUCUGGAAAACCAUAUUAACGAAACAUUUGAUGUUCCAUCGUCCCCUGAAAAAUCUACUCCUAAUGGUGGUAUUCCACAAGAUAAUCUUGUUCUAAUCAGAAUGAAACCUGAUGAAAAUGGAAGGUUUGGAUUCAAUGUAAAGGGAGGAUAUGAUCAGAAGAUGCCUGUGAUUGUGUCCCGAGUAGCACCAGGAACACCUGCUGACCUCUGUGUCCCUCGAUUGAAUGAAGGGGACCAAGUUGUACUGAUCAAUGGUCGGGACAUUGCAGAACAUACCCAUGAUCAAGUUGUCCUGUUUAUUAAAGCUAGCUGUGAGAGACAUUCUGGGGAACUCGUACUCCUGGUUCGACCUAAUGCUGUAUAUGAUGUAGUGGAAGAAAAGCUAGAAAAUGAGCCAGACUUCCAGUACAUUCCGGAGAAAGCCCCACUAGAUAGCGUCCAUCAGGAUGACCAUUCGCUGCGGGAGUCAAUGAUCCAGCUAGCCGAGGGACUUAUCACUGGAACAGUCCUGACACAAUUUGAUCAACUAUAUCGGAAAAAACCUGGAAUGACAAUGUCUUGUGCCAAAUUACCUCAAAAUAUUUCCAAAAAUAGAUACAGAGAUAUUUCGCCUUAUGAUGCUACACGGGUCAUUUUAAAGGGUAAUGAAGACUAUAUCAAUGCAAAUUAUAUAAAUAUGGAAAUCCCUUCUUCUAGCAUUAUAAAUCAGUAUAUUGCUUGUCAAGGGCCAUUACCACACACUUGUACAGAUUUUUGGCAGAUGACUUGGGAACAAGGCUCCUCUAUGGUUGUAAUGUUGACUACACAAGUUGAACGUGGCAGAGUUAAGUGUCACCAGUAUUGGCCAGAACCCACAGGAAGUUCAUCCUAUGGAUGCUAUCAAGUCACCUGCCACUCAGAAGAAGGAAACACAGCAUAUAUCUUCAGGAAGAUGACACUAUUUAACCAAGAGAAAAAUGAGAGUCGUCAGCUCACUCAGAUCCAGUACAUAGCCUGGCCUGACCAUGGAGUUCCUGAUGAUUCAAGUGACUUUCUGGAUUUUGUUUGUCAUGUACGAAAUAAGAGGGCUGGCAAGGAAGAACCUAUUGUUGUUCAUUGCAGUGCUGGAAUUGGAAGAACUGGGGUUCUUAUUACUAUGGAAACAGCCAUGUGUCUCAUUGAAUGCAAUCAACCAGUUUAUCCACUAGACAUUGUAAGAACAAUGAGAGAUCAACGAGCCAUGAUGAUCCAAACACCUAGUCAAUACAGAUUUGUAUGUGAAGCUAUUUUGAAAGUUUAUGAAGAAGGAUUUGUUAAACCCUUAACUACAUCAUCAAAUAAAUAAGAAAGCAAAAGUCUGGGACAUGGGUCAGAAAACUGCUUUCUCUUAUAUUCACUGUGCCAUAAUUCUGCUUGCAGGAAAUGGCAUUUAGACAAAACAAAUGAAGAACUAACAAAAACUGAAAACUUCAGCACUGUUGCACUUUAUGUUUAAGAAAAUGUCACUCUCUCAAAAUCUGUAAUUCACGUGUUUGAAGACUAUUUCAUGCUUUGCUCCGAACAAAUAGUGAAUAACUGAGUAUGU